CUCCCUCCGGUCCGCUCGUUUUGCAGUAGCGGCAGCGUCGGAACAGAGGUGUUAAGAGAAUAAACCGGAUUCUAAAGAAGCUAAAUUUUUAAUGGAAGAGAAACAGUCAGGCUCGCCGGCUAGCCUCAUUGAUUCGACAGUGGUUCCAGGGGAUGUGGUGCUCGACCUCUCCUCCAUGACCAACCAGACCAUCAAGCUGGGUGGUGGUCUUCGUCAGGAUUGUGAUGCUAUUUCUGUGAUGAAGGCUGGAACACUUAGGUUCUCAAAACCAAAUAAGUACUGGGUUGAAAGUUCUCAGAAAAGGUAUACUCCUUGCGUGGAAGAUGCUGUUCUUGGUAUUGUGGUGGACUCGAAAGCAGAUAAUUUUCUUAUUGACAUCAAAGGACCUGUGUUGGCCUUUUUGCCUGUUCUUGCAUUUGAAGGGGGGACCAGGAGGAAUAUACCGAAGUUUGAGGUUGGUACUCUUCUUUAUCUCCGAGUUGUAAAGGCAAACUUUGGCAUGAACCCUGAACUGUCCUGCACUGAUGCCAGUGGGAAAGCAGCUGAAUUUGGCCCCCUCAAAGAUGGAUACAUGUUUGAAACUUCAACUGGUCUAUCAAGAAAGCUGUUAAGUUCACCAACAUGUCCAGUUCUUGAGGCUCUUGGCAAGAAACUCUCCUUUGAAAUAGCUGCUGGCUUAAAUGGCCGGGUUUGGGUGAAUGCUGCCACUCCAGACACCAUCGUUGUUGUUGCUAACGCAAUCAUGAACUCAGAAUCCCUAAGUGGAGCGCAGCAGAUAAUUAUGGUGGAGCAUUUGCUUAAGAACAUCCAAUGAUCAAGUUCGUUGAAAAUUUAUUUUGAUAACUCCUAAUCUGUAGUAUAUAGUAUUUCCUUGCUUUUGAAUCCGUUUCAUCUGGUUUUGUUUUUUGCUUCAUUAUAUGUCUGGCAUAAAUCUCAAUGUUUUCAUGUAGCUAGACGACUCCAUGGACAUACUCAGAACACAGUAGUUGUCAGGUUGAUAAAGUUAGGUACAUGUGAGAGACAGAUACCAUUCAAAGUUAGCAAUGACUGCCAAAUCCAUUGGCCUUACUUGCAUUAAAUGAGCAGUUAAACAGUCAUUUUGACC